AUGGCUGAGCCAGAUGAGUUUGGAGAUCUCUUACUUGAUGACUAUGACAUUGAUACCAGCAACAAUAACAAUAAAAAUGAUCCAGGAGAUUCCAAUUUGGAAAAUGCUGAUGAGCAAUUGACACAAAGAACUGCAAGGAAAAAGAGACUUGAUGCUGAUUUAUUGCUCAGCCCUGAAGGUUUACUUCAUUUAAAGAGUGAAAGUCAAAACUUGCGAUUCAAGGGAAAAGGAUUUGAGGACGAGGAUUUGAAAAAGUUGAUCACGUAUUAUACAGUUUGGGCACACAACUUGUAUCCAAAACUGAGAUUUCAAGAUUUUACAAGAAGAGUGGUGAAGCAAACAUCUAAAGCCAGCGUCAAACUUCAAGUAGAGCAAUGGCAACAAGAAUACAGAGAAAGACGACAAGUUAGAAGGGAUAUAAUGAAAUCUAUGAUGGAUAAUACGACGGAUUGA